GUCAAUGUCAAAUGAAUCCAUAACAAAUUAAUAAAUAGCAGUAGGACCAGCAGAUCCUGCGUUAUUUGUAUAAGCUAAUAAAGAAAUGUGUGCGAGUACUCAAUUAAUACCAGCGUAAUUAAACUCGUGUUAUCAAGAUUUCAGAAUGAGGAUUAGGAGAUUGUCAGCUGUGUUUUGGACAACAUGCAUUAUUGCGUUCGUGUUUAUAUUGUAUGUGGUGACUGACUUGAGUUUCAAGUUGCCGAGCACUAAACCAGCAGUGCAAGAUUUGGAAAAUUUUCAGACAAAAUGGUCUUCUUUUGAAAACAAGCUUCGGCACAUAGAGAAUGAACUAUACCAGCAUCAUGCAGUUGUUGGUGAGAUUAAAUCUGCUGUGGAUCAGAUUGUGGAGUCCCAAGAGUACCAUCCACCUCAAAAGAGACCGAAGGAGGUUGUUAUCAAGGAACCUCCUAGAGAAAUCAAGGAGGUUAAAGAGUACAAAGCAGUUGGUGACGAACCACCAAAGAUGAGGAUUCCAUUCAACAUCUCCGCAUGUCCUGCAACGAAAAGAAGUUCGGCUAAAGUUGAUAUACAGAUGCUGUCAAUGUAUGAGCGGAUCUUGUUCGAUGAUUUGGACGGUGGCGUGUGGAAGCAAGGCUGGGAAAUAGAUUAUGAGAAAAGUCAGUGGAACCAAAAGAAUAAGUUGAAAGUUUUUAUAGUUCCACACUCACACAAUGAUCCAGGUUGGAUAAAGACGUUUGAGAAUUACUACAAGGCGCAAACUCGCGCAAUAUUUACCAACAUGGUGGAGAAAUUGUCUGAAGGUGUCGGAAGAAAGUUUAUAUGGGCUGAGAUCAGCUUCUUAUCUUUAUGGUGGAACAGUGAUGCCACUGAUAAAGACAAGGCUAUAUUCACCAAUCUCCUAAAAUCCGGCAAGAUAGAAAUAGUGACUGGAGGAUGGGUUAUGAACGAUGAGGCUAGCUCCCACUGGCUAGCUAUCAUAAAACAGCUGACUACGGGACAUCAAUGGCUAAUAGACAAUCUAGGCUAUAUACCGAAGAACGCAUGGUCCAUCGACCCAUUCGGAUACUCUAGUUCGCAGCCCUAUUUACUAAAACUAGCGGGAAUGGAGAACUCAGUAAUACAGAGGGUGCAUUAUAGAGUCAAGAAGGAAUUAGCGUCUAAUAAACAGUUGGAGUUCCAUUGGAGACAACUUUGGGACGGUAUUGGCAAGACGGACAUGUUCACACACAUGAUGCCUUUCUAUUCUUACGACGUGCCUCACUCGUGUGGACCUGAUCCGGCGGUAUGCUGUCAGUUUGACUUCAAGCGGCUUCCUGGCAAUGGAAUCACUUGUCCCUGGGGGAAGGCGCCGCGGAAGAUCACUGAGAAGAACGUAGAAGAGAGAGCACACACAAUCCUCGACCAAUGGCGUAAGAAAGCUCAGUUGUACCGCACCAACGUGUUGAUGUUCCCGCUCGGUGACGACUUCAGAUACGACCGUGCCAACGAAUGGGACAACCAGUACCAGAACUAUGAGAUACUCAUCGAUUUCAUUAAUAAUAACGAUGCUUGGAACGCUGAGGUGCAAUUCGGAACUCUCGAAGAUUAUUUCAAAGCGGUUCACGCCGAGGUGAAGGCUAACGACUUCCCUGUGCUUUCGGGAGAUUUCUUCACGUAUGCGGAUAGGAACCAACAUUACUGGAGUGGAUACUACACAUCUAGGCCUUUCUAUAAGAACAUGGACCGAGUUUUGCUGGCUUAUGUCAGGGCAGCUGAAAUAAUAACAUCACAAGCCACGUCAUCAGGCGCGGUGUCACAGAUGAUGUCUCUACAACUCCGCGACCGAGUGGAGCAGGCACGGCGCGCUCUGUCUCUGUUCCAACAUCACGAUGGCGUCACGGGCACCUCCAGAGACGAAGUACGGGAGGACUAUGCUAAGAAAAUGUUAACAGCAAUAAAAUACUCGCAGUCAGCGAUACAACAAGCUGCCUACUACCUCUUAAACCAGCCGCUAAUAGUGGACCAAGCACAGGACGACAUAUACUUCGACGUGGACGACAUCUGGCGGAUACAUGAUGAGAUACCGUCGCGUAUCACUAUAGCCUUGGAUGUGGUAUCUCCUUCCAGAAGAAUUGUACUAUACAAUGCUCUCGCAUUCAAGAGACACGAGAUAUUUACUGUUCUUGUGUCUUCACCGCAUGUUGAGGUGUUCGACCCCGAAGGCAACCCAAUGAUGGCUCAGAUAUCCCCAGUAGUGGCUGGGGAUAAGAGACUAGCGUUUGCCGCCAACAAGUACCAACUCUCCUUCCCGGUCACUCUGGACCCGCUCGCACUCACCGUGUACACUGUCUCACUUAGAGACAGCACUCGGCUUAACAAAUACACGUCAUACUCCCACGUGCGUGUAUACAACGCGGACUACUGGACGGUGGACCUUCCCAAGAUGUUCCCUAUAGAACAGCCGGCCGCCCGACUGAUGGAAGACAUCACGGUGCAGGCGGGGAACAGUACUCGAGUCGUCGCCACUAUGGACGGACUUAUAAAGGCUAUUGUAUCACCUCAGGGUGCUACCAUGCCCGUUCAUAUGGAUUUUUCACAGUACGACAGUCAACGCGGUAAAGACAACAACAGUGGCGCGUACCUGUUCAUACCCACCGGGCCCGCCACCGACUACAAGGCGUCCGCCUUCCCUGAGAUAGUGGUCACUGAAGGUAUCUACAAGGCCACCAUGUACGCUGCACUCAACUCGCCUAAAGCUGCUGAUAUUGUCCUAGCAGUAUCAGUAUACAACAACCCGUCAUUGCCUCACAGCGAGGUAGAGAUCUGCAACACGUUCAUGAUAGACCCGCAGGUCGAUGACCUCGAGAUCGCACUCCGGUUGCGGACCGCCGUCAAGAACGGAGACGUCUUCUAUACUGACCUUAAUGGGAUGCAGAUGAUAAAACGUCGAUACUUCGAGAAGCUGCCCCUCCAGGCGAACUUCUACCCUCUUUCGGCUGCCACAUACAUAGAGGACGGCAAGAACAGGCUCACUGUCCUCACGUCCACACCGCUUGGUAUGGCCGCGCUACAACCGGGGCAGAUUGAGAUAAUGCAAGACAGAAGACUGAGUCGGGACGACAACCGAGGACUGGUACAGGGCGUGCUCGACAAUGUCAGGACGAGGCACACGUUCAAGAUUAUUGUCGAAGACGCCAAGAAGUAUUGCAGUGAGCAAACAACGGAUCUACCAUCAGGUCAGCUUACACUGGGCGCGCACGUGUCGCAGCAGUUCUUGCUUCAGCCAAUCAUCGCCAUGCACUACACGGCCAAGAAGGAUGGACCCCGCAUCGCGUACUCUCGCGUCACUGUCAAUGAUGCAGACAUUGUACUCGCCUCCUACCACUCACAUGUCACUGCUAAGAACAAAGAUGGCAGCGUGGUCCACGGCAUGGGCAUGACGUUGCAGCGCGUGCUACUGGACACGUGCUACGGCAGCCCCGACAUACACAAACAUUACCGCGCCGGGGACGGACAGGUGUCAAUAUCGGACUUGAUAGACGGCCCCGCAGACAAAGUAUACGACAGCUCUCUAACGUACGUCACGGUACGGACCCCGCUACCCAGCGGAGUGCUGACCCUCUGUCCAAUGGAAAUCAGGUCCGUGUUCAUCAACCAAACACUUAAAAAGUACUAAAAAACUAUCAUUUUAGAGCAUAACCUUGAAAUAUUCAGACUAUACGACAAGCUAUAAUUAACCAGUAUAAACUGAACGUUGUAUACGAGGAGAGUUCAUAGAAAGCGAGAUCAUUGAUAAACUGGUUUUUUAUAACUUAAAAUGUAGCCGUGAAAGAAAAUUACGCAAUUGUUGAGUGUGUAACUAUCUAGAGAGGCGAGUUUGUUUUACUUUAUAAGUAAUCGAAACGAGACUGCCUUCGGAGCUCCGAUUGGUUAGUUCAUUGGCGCCGGCCAAUCACAGCGCCGAACGCGUACUCUUUCCGAUUACUAUAAACGUGAAAGAAACUUGUACUGAGGCCUCAGACAAACGAACUUAAAUUAUAUUUACAUAGACAUGCUUUUAGAUACAUCAAAGUAUGCAUUGUACUGUGCAAAAUGGUAAAUCUUUUUUGCUUUUGAAUAAUAGACUCUAUUUUCAUUGGUUUAUAGCACAAUGUUGUAUGUACUGUAAUUUUGGAUCGUUGUUUGUUUUAUUAGUCAUGACGUUGAUUUUGAACUUUAAAACCGUGGAAAUGAAGUUGUUUUUGGUCUGCAAUAUUUAAUGGAGUUUUUUUAAUUGACAGUAAUUGUUUUAAGUUGUAUAUUUCGUUAGCAUGAAUGAUUGGAAAAGGUUAUAGUUGAAGAGUGCACAUGUAUGUGUGGGGAGGUAGCUAGGAAUUAAAAAAAGUAAAAAAAAAAAUUUUUAGGGUCUGUUGAACUACUGCCAAAUGAGUUUCUAUUCCCUAACUGACAUAUGGAAUGGUCAGUCCUCUAUCAAAUUGCUUUAUAAGAUUUUGAACCUUAUUGUUUUGAUAUAAAGUCGAAAAUCAAUUUGGACUAGGUUAAUCUGGUGGUAGUUAGACUGAUGAAAACUUAAACAGAAAUAGAAACAGUCUUAUUCUUGCAUUUUUCUAAGAAGUGACGUCAAAAUAAACGUUUUUUUUUUGUUUUCAGUCACUGUUUAAAAACGAAUGAUCAAUUUUCAAACUUAUUCCUUUGAGUAUAGAAAUGAAAAUAGCAUUAAAAACAUGUGUAAUAAUAUUAAAGAAAUGUGAAAUUAUAUUCAAUCAAACUUGAAGCUUAUAUCCAAAGGCAAUAAGGUUGGGAAUUCAACUGUUAAUUUUUACUAUUUUAGAGCUUGAACGCAGAAAUUUCGCGUAGAUUUAGAAGUUAGUACGAUUUGACUGAUGUAGCACUUUUUAUGAUGAUGAAUGCAUUAUUAAAAUUUGUCUAAAAUUGAUUGGUGAUGUCAACCAAUCAGAGAAUUACUGAAAUUUCGACUGAGGCAGAUAUAACCUGUAUGAUAUUAGACAAAGUACAGUUCCACAGGUUAAAAAAAAUAAUUGACAGAUAACAUAAUCCGAGUUCUUAUUAGCUUUAUUUGUCAAGGCUUAAGAAUAAUAAUAAAAAUGUUUUACGGCACAAAAUUCGUUGUUUAAAUUAAUUUAAAUUAUAAAAGAAACACAAUUAAAUUAUUAAGGAAUUAUACUUGUUUUACAUUAUUUUAGUUAUUGUAAUCGAAUAAUUAUUCGGGAUGUUAAAAUUCUUAUUUUUAUUACAAUAUCGAG